AUGACGUCCAAGGUGAUCGCUCUGACAGGCGGAGCCGCUGGAAUUGGUCUUGCUACAGCAUCAUUACUAGUAUCACAAGGAGCCAAAGUGGCAAUCUCGGACGUCAACGCAACCAAUCUUCGGACUGCCGAAGCCAGCCUGCGAGAACAGUGCAAAGACGGCGGUGAAAUUCUAGCGACGGUCGUGGAUGUCCGUAGACGAGAUCAAGUCGAUGGCUGGAUAGCUGAGGUCGUCGAAAAGUUCGGUAAACUAGAUGGUGCAGCGAACUUGGCUGGCGUGAUUCCCAAGAGCAUUAAUAUCGAGAGGGUGGAGGACCUCAACGAUGAAGACUGGCAGUUCGUGCUCGAUGUGAAUAUCACUGGUGUGAUGCAAUGCAUGCGAGCAGAGAUCCGACAGAUGAACGAGAAUGGAAGCAUUGUCAACGCAGCUAGCAUCGCAGGGCUGGGUGGAUUCCCUAAAAAUGCAGCAUACACUGUGGCAAAGCAUGGAGUAAUCGGUAUUACGAAAACAGCGGCAAAAGAGGUUGGUGAUCGGUCAAUUAGGGUCAAUUGCAUUGCACCAGGGAUAAUUGACACUGAGAUGCAUCGUGAAAGUGUUCGGAUACGUGGGAAGGAGGGAGACUAUAAGAUACAAAUUCCAAGGAAAGGACAACCGGAGGAAGUAGCCGCAUUGAUUGCAUGGCUCCUCUGUGACGGCUCACAGUACAUCACUGGGACUGUCCAGAUCAUCGAUGGCGGCGUCAUGGCCUAA